UACCCCACAGAGAUUACCCUCUUGUUCUGUAUACAAUACCCCAACACUUCUGUGAGUUCUGUGACGGUCAUGCCACAAAACCCUACACUUCUGUGAGUUCUGUAGCACAUCCCGUACCCUACAGAGAUUACCCUCCGGUUCUGUAACAGAUCCAAUACCCCACAGACAUUACCCGUACCCUACAGAACCUAACCUUNUACCCUCUUGUUCUGUAUACAAUACCCCAACACUUCUGUGAGUUCUGUGACGGUCAUGCCACAAAACCCUACACUUCUAGCGAGAUCUGUGCACCACGCGGAACACAUGUUUAUAAAUCGGCACAGCCCGCAUGCAGUUGCAUAAGCAUGAGAGGUGGUGCCAAUGGUCCAAGCCUAAUCCUUCCGCUCAAGCAACGAGCCGUGUGAUAACAAGUCGGUGACAAAGAAGAUGGUGACAGCUUGUCAAUCCUGUGCUUUGCCGUUCAGGUGAAACUGGCCGGCACGGUGGGCGUGCGGGUGGAGGAGCUCACGCCCCACCGAUCCGUCGUGAAAGUUGCCAACGUGCGACGAGUGCAGAACCACCUCGGGAGCGUGCACGCGCGCGGCAUGGCUCUCGCCUCGGAAUCAGCCACGGGAAUCCUGGUCGGCAUGAGCGUGGCCGACAGCCGGUUGCGCCUGUGCAAGAGCAUGGCGAUCGAUUUCACAAGGCUGUCGCAAGCGAAGAGCAGCUCGCCGCCGUUCGAGACCAGGAAAAGGGGGAGGCGAAUGUACAGGUGACGGUUACAGAUGAAUUCGGGAAAGAGCCUAUCCGAGCGGAAUUCGUGUGGGCCUGGGUCCCCAAGCGAUGGAAAAAAAAAUCAGUAGUAAAAAAGAGCCAGAGGAACGGUUGUGAAUAGAAAUAUGUAGAACAGUCGGUGGAAACGGCCACGCUGUGGAUACUGAGGAUAGCGAGAAUGGUAUAUGGAAACAGCAAUGAGAUUCGUUCUGGGCGUUGCUUUGUUUGCCAGAGGGCGCCCGGGGGGUGGGGGGUGGGGUGGGGUGGGGGGGUCCCCUUCCUCUGAGCCGCGUGAGGCAAUUGUUUGCUGGAAGUUGGGAACGUUCCUGAGACGGACGGCUUGGGCUUCUUGUCGUACAGAGUGUCGUUGUUGUUGUUGUUGUUGUUGUCUUUUGGCCAAAAAAAGCCACUCAGGGCUUACCUCAUGUCCGUGCCGACCGGGUGGUCCAACGUACGCGUGUAAAAGGUGAAGAAACCGGUGAUCGUUGUGGCAUACCCUCGUGUUGCUCAAGUACCAGGCUACCGCAUGCAGUAGUAGCGCAAACCUUGCGCAUAUGGUUGUGUUGUUUUGGAAGUCGGCUGGUAGGUACGAAUCACGUGUAGAGGUGGACGCCAACGCCGCGGCAGUUGUCAUCGACGGCAAGCGUCUGGGGCACACGGGGCGCAACCCUCGCUGCUACCGCCCUCGGCACCGUCCCUGCCUUCGCCUCCACUCCUCCCUCUGCCCCCUUGUCUGCCUAGAUCUACGAAUUGGAUACUGUCGU